CCGCUCCAGUCGACUGCUGACGAGGCGCGCCGCUCAGUUGCCCGAUGCAUCGGCAGAACGUCUGCUGUUUACUUCUUGCGCGUAUAGGCAUGAAGUGAGACCGUCAAAUGAGUCCCCACGUGAUUUCAACCCGGUUUCCAAAUUUGUUUCGCACCCUCGCGCGGCUGGCGCUUGCGUUCUUGCUGUCAGCAUCCGUCCAAGCAGCUACAGAUGUGCAGCAGUCCUCUAUUCGUGGUGGCGGGCUGUCGGCAUUCGGCGCGAGCGUGGUCAUCGACGACUGCCAAUCGGCAACCUGGGAGCUGACGCUGGACGAGACGGCCUCACACGAGGUGGGCACGCCGCAGGGGCCGCCGCAGCCGCCUCUGCUGAUCCUGGGCCUGGCGGUCACCCUCAGCGACACCUGCGCCGGCACCAGCACCACCCUGCUAGGCGGAAACUUCCUCACCGGUCUGCCGCUGCAGGGCGUUCAGGUGGUGUUGGAAGGCGAGACGCCUGUGACGCUGGGCGCCGUAUCCAGCAGCAGCUUCAAGUACACACGCAGCGGACUGUACGUGCGCGUGAAGUCGUGAAGCGAGGGGUUUGCCCCGGCGGGGAGCCCUUGGGUUUCGGUGGCUGGUGCGGUGGUCUGUGGCGUUCUGCUUGCUCGCGUUGCAGGUUGCGUGCCGUGUGUCGUGUGUAGCGAGGGCCAUCCGUCAAAGAUCAGAGUUGCAGGGCUCAUGUGAUCAUAUGAUGUUGAUGUGAGAUGUGAUCAUGUGAUCAUGCCUUCGUCUGAGUCUGCUGGGGCUGGUGGCUGCGGGGGUGCCGGUUUCUCAGUUUGGCCUCGGCGAAUUGAAGACGCCUCUGGUCCCACGGGCUGGUCCCACGGGCUGGUCCCACGGGCUGGUCCCACGGGCUAGUCGCUGCCGCCCGAAUCUGGGCUGGGAUCAACGUAUUGAUCAGAUUUUGCGUCUUUGCUUAGGAAGCGGCCGUAGCGCCCACGAUCCUGGCGCUUGGGAAUUUUGAGACCCCAUGCUGUCUUAAGUAUUGACAUGCCUGGCACUGGGUAAACGGCAACUGGCAUUUUCCUCUCCGCUGGUAUCUAGGAGACCUGCACGUACUACGCAGGCUGCUGAUGUAACUAUGAACGAUU